AUAAAUCCAAAGAAGAAGAAAACGAAACAACAACGUUGCACUUGGUUGCUGCAGCAGAUGAAAACAACUGGAGCAAAACGGUUUAGAAAGAAAGACCUAGUGACUGGCCAUGGCAACACCUGUGUCUGUGCUCCGCCUGCCAAGAGGACCGGACCCAAAUAGCCGCGGGUUUGACCCCAAAUCACCUCGCUUCAUCGCUCUGUGCCGCACCUCCAUUCCAACAUCUGCCGAAGCAGAGGCUGACCCGGAGCAGCUGCAGAAAGAGCAACACGCACGAUCUAUGCUGAGGGAGACGUUCCUCCGAUGUCUCCUCUCCAUGGCCAACAGGAAGGUUCAGUUUAACAUGUACGAGAAGGUAAAGGUGGAGGCCACGUUUGGAGCGUCUGACAUCGACGUACUGAACUUUCAGGUGUCAGACCUGCACACUCCGAUCGGGGUGCAAAAAGAGGCACUGAUUAGGAGCCAGGACGUGAUUUCAUUUACAUACGAUGUAUGAACAUCGAAUGUGAUCUAAUGAUCUUUGUUUCCACACUCUUGUUAGUGGAAUUGGUGAUAUUGUGGGUGAGCAGUGUGGUUGUACAUUGCUGCUUUCUAUCCUUGCAGUGUGGUUCAGCCAGUCACACUACUCUGGUGUGAAAGCUUUCAAAGAUUCAACAAGCAGUCCCGCCUUUUCAGCACAAGAGGGAGCCCUUUGCCUGUUUCAACAGAGAUGCCAAAGCCUGGUGAGAGAGAGCUUGUUUGGUGUUUUGCUCUUGGAUAUGAGACAGUGUUAGCAGAAUCAACAGUUUUGACCAAGUUGUUUGUAAUGUAAUAAUAUUUUGUUCAUGUAUUUUCAGACACAGUUUCCAACAAGAAUAUUUUGAGAAUAAGAGGUGGCUGCAGUUAAUUUCCUUCAGUUUAAAAUUCAAUUCACUCAAUGAGGUUAAAACAUUGAAUGGUAAUAAGAUGAUGUAAUCAAGAGAGAGAAAAAUACCACUCAUUGGUUUUUUUUUUAUCGAUAUGUCCUGUUGUAUAUUUCUGCUCUGCAACAUGAGACUCUGUCGUUCAUUCACUGUUUAUGCACUAAAAAAGAGAAUAUCGCUGCACUGGUGCUUGAGCUGACAGGUUAUAUAUCCUUUGUAAUCCAUCGAAAGGUAACAUUGCACUUGUACAUGUUCUUUGGGGUUUACUUCAUUUGUAUCAAAAUGUUCCUUUGAAUUGUGUUUGGAAAAAUACCAAAACUUUAUGACAAAUAAACCUGUGCUUUGUGAAUAUUAA